AUGGCGUGGCAACGGCCGAUGGCUGGCUCGGAUCUGCCUGAGCCUUUGCGAGCCACCGAUGGCUUGCGGCCGGAGGCCGCACCGGAAGAGAUCUUCACCAGGGAUACCAUCACAAAGAGGAUGCCCAAGAUCUUAGAUUCGGUGCUUUUGAAGAUGCCCAGCGACUUCAAAAUCCCUCCGGUGCUGGAGGGAGUGAAGAGACUUCAAGAGGAGAUGCGAAGCGAUGCGCAGCUGAAACUGCUGCAGAGCAGCAGCUCCAGAGUGGGCGCUGACUCGUGGAAUCCGCAUUUGUCGGAAUUUAUUGAAAGAGGCUACUUGGAGGCACAGUUGUAG